AUGGCUUCUCCACGUUCAUCGGGCACAGCCGGCCGAGAUUCACCAAAUCCAAGCUUCAAUGAACCCUUUCAAUUUGAUGAACAGAAGUUGUUAUCUAAUGUUGCUAACCCUGAGAAACAAGAAUUAUAUGUUUUUAAUUGGUUGGCAAAUUUAGAAAAAGAGUUAAAGAAAACUGACAAGGAAACAAUGAAACCAAUUCAAACCAACCUUGAAAAGCAGUUAUUAAAGUUUAUGUCAUUCACUUCACCAAAACCAAGUAGACCAAUUCGGCAGCUUAUUGCAAGAUGUUUUGUAAUUAUUUAUAUAAAGGGUGAUUCAAGAACUUUGUUUGAUACCAUCACUACUUUACAAAGCUUUGUUAAUGCUGGAAAAGGUGCUAGUGAAAAAGAAAAGAAAUUGGUAGCUUUACAUUGUGUCGGCAUUAUUAUGAAAUCAAUUGGAGAUCGCGUUUUGUCAUUGCUUCCCGAAACAAUCAAUAUUUGUCUUAAGACUACUAAGAAUACAUCCAACCCACUAAUUAUUCGUUUGGAAGCAAUUAAUACAAUUACCAGAGCGCUUGAAGGAGCAGCUAAAGGAGCAACAGAGUUAUUUGUAAAGGACAUUAUGAAACAAUUAAGAGCCGGAUUGAAUGACAAGGCCUUGAUAAUCAGAGAUGCAACUGUCAAGUGCAUGCAUUCAGUAGCCAAGAAUACACAUCAACUCUAUCCAAUUACGGCUAAUGAAUUAGAUCAAUUGCUUUCUCAGAUGGUCAAAGUACUUGAUGGUUCUAAUCAAACUAUCCGUCGUUCUGUAGCUGCAUAUAUAUCGACUUUGCUUGCAGGGACACAAGGAGAAGUAGACUUCUUAGCAUCUUCAACUGUAACCAAAAAUAAAACUUCCACCACAUCACAUCCUAGCUCACAUUCCUCACAAACACCAGGAAGUCCUACUCUCGGUUCUUCAUCAGAUCCUGUUAAAGUUGUGUUAUCUGUUGAAGAGAUGUUAACGCAUUUAUCCUCAAUCUAUAAUAAACCAUCUACUACGCGAGAUGUGCGGUCUGCAAUUAUUGAAACUUAUUCAGCUCUCUUUAUUAAAUUGGGAACUAAAUAUGUGGAACUAAAUUAUGCGGAAAUUGCUCGACAUUUGUUGAAAGAACUUGUGUCCCAUCCUAAAAAUGCAAAUUCUCGAUAUGAUACACUCAGUGUACGUGAACACUGUGGAUUGCUAUUACGCGAUGUUAUUGGUACAAGGCUACUAAGUGAACAAGGUCAAGUAACAGCUGUUCGAGAGCUAGUGCAUAACUGGGUCAAACAAUGGCCAGCAUCGACGCACACUCAAGUCGAACCAACAAAAUUAUCUCUUGUAUGUGCUGUCAAUGAGAUAUCUGGAUUAUUGCUAGAUCUAGGAGGAGCAGCUAGCACUGUUUCGGAUAUACUUGUAGAUCCAUUGAUUAAUCUUUUAAGUCACCCAAGUUACUCUGUACAGAUUGCAGCUGCUUGGUGUCUUCGAUGCCUUUGUUAUUCUCUGCCUAUCAAAUUAUCAGAACUUAUUAAAAAAAUCCUUUCUCUUGUCAACAAAGAUUUGAACAACUUAACAAAUAAUUCUGUUUCAUCAGAUUUACCGAAACGAACAUUGGGUCAUGCUUAUGGACUAGCAGCACUUUUAAGUGUAGUGCCUGCUCGACCACUUUAUGUUUCAUUUGAAUUAAGCGCACGUGUGUUCUCUAUUUCAACGCAACUUAUCAAAUCGAGCGCUAACAAGGACCUUGCAAUUGCUAGUAUACAUUUACAAGUUGCAUGGAUUCUUAUAGGAUCCUUAAUGUGUUUAGGGCCCAACUUUGUUAAAUUACAUCUUCCACAAUUACUUUUGUUGUGGAAAACAGCCUUACCUAAACCAGUUUCUAAAGAUUUUGUAUCUAAUCGUACAGAAUCUGAGUUGACAUUCAUGUUGCAUGUACGAGAAUGUGUUUUAGGAGCUAUGCUUAGCUGUUUGUUACAUAAUUCCAAGCUGAUAACUCCUGAUGUAGCUAAGCGACUGGUAGCUUUACUGAACAAUACUCUAAUUUUUUCAACUUUAGUUGCUACUUCGUCUAAUAACAUAAAUACACUAAGUAAUUCUGCUACUUCGGUUGCGCAACAAUUCCCUUCAACUUCACUAAAGUUCUCUGAACGUGAAAAUAUGUUAAAACGAAGAAUACUUCAAUGCUUCAUUGCGAUUAGGCCGAUAUCCUCCUAUGAUAAUCUCAGUUCACAACUCCUGAAAAUGUGUUUAUCGCAUUUUGCAGAUCCAGAAAAAAAUAUUGGUUCUGCUAUCACAGCUGCUAUUGCUGCAGUGUCAGGAUCUUUUACUAGUGUCUGGACUACUGGUGAUGAAUACGCUUAUGGUGUUAGUAGUAGAUUACAAGGAAUGACUGUUGAUAUUGCAAAUGUUAUCGAUAGUGAUCAGGACGAAAAUAGCCGCGGAGUUGCAGUAAGAGAUUGGCUUAACCGAGAUUUGAUCGAAAGCCGUCUAGAAAAUCAGCUUGAGCAGCCAAUCAUUGGGGCUCCAGAAUAUGAUUCCAUAAUGAUAUAUACCACAUACUGGAUAUCACCUGCAAAUUCAAUUACAUUUCAAAUACCAAAACCUGUUCCGGCCGCAUCAGCAUUAGUAGAUUAUAGCAUUGAGCUUUUUGCAUUAAUUUUUCCAUUACAGAGCGCGCUUGUGCAAGAAUCGCAUUUGGAACAACUGAUCAAAGCAGUGAGACAUCCAAAACUAGAAAAAAGCCCAGGAAGAAAAAUGGCCCUUCAAGUAAAUAUGGUUGUAUGUUUAUUAGCCAUAUUCAAAAAUAUCAUGAAUAUUUCUGGAAAAAAAGGAGAAACUUCAGUGCCCGGUAUUGCUGAUAAAAAAGUUGGAGCUUUGGCCAUGGAAUUAUUACAAGAAGCGAUAAUUCAUCCGGAUGCAUAUUUGCGUCAUGCUGCUAGCGAUGCAUUAGGACGUCUGUUGAGUGUGGUUGGAGGCAAUAUGGUCCCAACACAAAUGCAACUUCUUGUCGAUCAGGUCGUCAACAACCGUGACCCAGACACGCGUGCUGGAAGUGCGUUGGCCCUUGGCAGUAUUUAUAGUCAUGUUGGUGGUAUGGCUGCAGGAGGACAUCUUAAAACUUUGAUUGGAAUCUUAUUAUCACUCAGCAGUGAUCCACACCCCGUUGUACAUUUUUGGGCGCUUUACGCUUUAUCAAAGAUUAUCGACUCUGCUGGACCAAUGUUUUCGCAAUAUGUGAGCAGUACUUUAGGUAUCAUUGCUAAACUUUAUAUGGCCGAUACUCACGAACCAUGCGGUAGCACAGUUGGUACUACAAAUGUCAGGUUAGGCUUAUCAGCAUAUCAACAAUUUGGCAAAAUUAUAUAUGGAUUGAUUGGUACAUUAGGUCCAGAAUUACAGACAAAUCCGAAAGUUAGGAAUCUGUGUUUAAACUUGAUGACUGAACUCCGAAAUGAUGAUGAUCAAUCUGUUAUUGUUGAAUCAAUACGUUGUCUUCAACAUUUCAUUAUGCUUGCUCAGCAGUAUGUGGAUUUGCCGAGAUUAGUUGCAUUCCUGCAGUUCCAAUUUUCAAGCAUGCAUUUCCCUUUGAAGGAGGUUGCUAUUACAUGUUUAUACCAACUAGUUCAACGUAAUGCUAAACAUGUGUUUGAGAUUGCUGCUCCUGGAUUAGAUAAUCAAUUGUUUUCGCUGUUAGACACAGAUCCUAAAGUUGAUGGUGUGAAAGAUAUUGUCAAAAGCUGGCUAAGUCAGACUGCUCUUGAAAAUCCUUCAUUAUGGGUUGAAUUAUGUCGUAAGGUUAUGUCAAGAACUGGGUCAGUAGCGAGUGCAGGUGCACCUGUUGAGCCACCGACGUUAGAUAUUACUGGUGAUGGCGGUGACGAAGAAGGUGAAGGAUUUGGUAUCGAACAACCUUCUGGCAUUAAUGUCAGUGUACAGAGACGUCGAAGCCUUGAGAAAAAAGCUCAUCUCUCAUCUGACACCAUGCAAAUACCGCCCAGAUGGCGAACGCAACUUUUUGCACUUAAAUGCCUUCACCAAGUUGUUGAAAUUGUUCAUGCCAGUGGUGAUAAAGAUCAAUUUAAUUUAGCAGUUGCUAAAAAGGGUGAACAAGCUGGUAAAGAUUAUCUAGUUUUAAAGGUGGCUGAACUUAUUAAAAUGGCUUUUACAGCUUCAACGGCUGUAGUGGGUGAAAUGAGAUUAGAAGGUUUAACAUUGUUAAGAGAUGUGAUUGAGAAAUUUUCUGCAACACCUGAUCCAGAUUUUGAGGAAGCGGCUCUUUUGGAACAAUAUCAGGCACAAAUAGGUGCGGCUCUAACACCUGCCUUCACGGCCGAUUCAUCUCCAGAAAUUCUUUCGGCAGCUGUCAAAGUAUGUGCUGUAUUUGUUGGAAGCGGUAUUGUGAAAGAGUUACAUCGAAUGGGACGUAUAUUGAAACUAUUAACCACUGCUCUGGAAAAUUGUAAAGAUAAUUCAAGUGUGACCAAAGUUGGCGAUUUUAAAGAUUUAAGUCCUCAUGCCGCAAUAAUGGUUAAACUUUCAGUAUUGAAUGCCUGGGCCGAGCUUCAAGUCGCUAGCACUAAACAAGAUUAUCUGGUUCAAGUUGUUCAACCAAAUUUGCUUUUGUUAUGUCCUUUAUGGGUCUUAACAUUGAAAGAAUAUGCUAGAGUACAGAUCGAGCCUGAUAUUACUGAUGCUCAAGCUAAUGUUAUCGGUACUGGUUCAAUGCAGAAUACUGCACAAACUGAUGUUUUUGAUUCUAUGUACAGUGGACUAACUAGAGAAGUUAUUCUUCCGUAUUACAAUAUGUCAUGGCUAACUAUUUUGGGAGCAGUCGCAAGUUUGGCUCAAAAAGAACAUCCAUAUAUUAUUCUUGCACUUAAUGAAGAAGAAAUUACUACAGAUGACAAUGACAUAAGCAAACAUGAUGAUGAUUUUGAUGAUUUUGGCGAUGACAAUAACGAAUUUUCUGAUGAUUUUACUUCCUUUUCUCUUGAAAAAGAGCCAGAACCAAAAAAAGUACCUGCAAAAUUCUUCUUUAUACUCUUCGGGCUUUGUGUUGAAGCGCUGUCAAAUACAUUUGGUGGAGGUAGCAGAAGCAGCAGUAUUGGAAAUAAUAUUGAAAAUCAAAAGAUUGUUCGUACUUGCAUCGAUGCUCUUAAAGCUUUUUUGCGACCGGUAGUUGCAGGAAGCGCAUUUCUUGAUGAAUAUGUUUUUAUAGAGUUAAUUAAUUUAUUUGAUAGAUUGGUACUUACUGAAGGGUUUAAAGUACAAUACGAUAUUAUACAAAUUAUUGGUAAUAUUAUUAAAGAUUUUGGAGCAGCAUAUAUCUGUAAAGAUAUACCAAAAAAAAGUAUGAAAAUAAAUGGACAUAACGAAGAUGAAGCGACUGUUGAAUUCCCUGAAAUAGAAACAAUACUUUUUCACAUAUUACGAUUAUUAGUCAAUAUAUUUUUCCAAAAAAUUCCGUCGCUUUCAAACCGUCCAGAGGUUAUGAGAAUAUUUAGGUUGCCACAAGGAAAUGCGAGAGGUCAAACAUCACACGAGACUACUAUUCUCCUAAAAUUUACCAUAGAUUCAUUCACGUCGCUCAUAACAAUAGUCCCAUCAAAACUCAGAGUUGAUUUAGCUGCCAUUGCAUUUUAUGUUUAUAUAUCCAUCAUUCAAGACCCCAAAUUUCAAAGCGAAUUAGUGCCUCACGUGCUUGUCAACAUUAAGCUUUUAUGUGAAAAUAUUUCCACUCAUCUUGAAGAAGAAGAAUUUUAUACACUUAGUCGUGUAGUUCAUUCAACAAUUUCUUCUACAUUAUUGCAGAUUAACUCACUUGCUAAAAGUCAAGACGUAUUAAAAGGAGAUGAAGUAUCCGUAAUUAAAAACAGUUUAUUGACUGCAACAAUACUUUUUACUUCUUGUCCAAAACAAUGCACUGAAAAUACUGCAAUACAAACCGAAUUUAUGGAAAUAUUAAAAAAUGGAUUCUAUUCUGAAAAUGAUACGAUUGCAAUAACAUCAUUCCAAUGUACACGUACUUUGAUGCUGCUUUCCGCUAAAAAAGAAACUAAUGUUGAUACUACAGCGUCGCUUCAAAUGAGCCAUAUUUUUAUAAAAACUCUUAUUCCAGAAAUAGCGACUUUUUUACAAAAAAAGAAAGAUACUUACGGGACUGAGUGUACAUUUCAAGAAGAUUCUUACAAAUUAGAUGUUAUUGAAGAAUCAAUAAAAACUUUAUUGACCACGAAUACAAUAGCACAAGAUUCGCACA